AUGUCACAUCGGAUCUUGAUCACCGGGGCCUCUGGCUAUCUCGGAGGCUCACUGCUGGCUCGCUGGGGCAGCGUGGCCCUUCCGCCAUACGACCGGCUGUACGCGCUCGUGCGCACCGACGAGCAGGCCCAAGCCGUCAAGCGAUACUCUGCCGAGCCUCUCCGCUUCGAGGUGAACGACGACGCGGCAGUGCGCGAAGCCAUCGUCAACAAUAAGAUCACCAUCGUCUAUUACCUCGUGGAUGCGCUGUCGGCGAAGCCUCAAGCCAGUUUUAUCAAGGCCCUCGCCGAAGUGAAGGAAACAUCGGGCAUUGACGUCCAUUUCUUGCAUACCACCGGAGCCAAGAUCUUCUCCAGCCAUGCCGGCGCGCCGACGGAUCGGCCCCUCUACGACACGGAAGAGGACUUGUAUGAUAUCCAGAAGGCGCAGAGGCCGCCUGUGCCGUUGAUGCAGGAGGCGAUCGAUGCCAAUAACGCCGUCAUUGAGCGAGGCGAGGCCCUGGGUGUCCGGACAUACAUCUUUGCGCCCUGCAUAGUGUACGGCAAGGGCGAAGGCUUCGGAAACCCGAUAUCCAUCCAAACGGUCGCCAUCAUCAAAGCAGGGCUGGGGGCUAGACGGGUUUACAGCCUCGAUGCUGGACGUCCGACGUGGCCCGUCUGCCAUGUCAUAGACAAUUCGACCCUCUACCUGGAACUCCUGCGCGCGAUCUUAGCUGGCAAGAACCCAGGGAGCGGUAAACACGGCUACUAUCUGGCCUCGUCCGGCAGCGUUGCGUGGGCCGACCUCUAUGCCGCCAUUGCGAGAAGCCUUGCUAAGCGCGGUCUGGUUGAUGAUCCCACGGUCGAACAGGCGUCCGACGAGGGUCUGGCACAGAUGGCCGCCGCUCUGGGAUAUCCGAAGGAGCUUGUUCAUUGGGCUCUGGGAGGAGAGUGCACGUUCACGGCGAAACACGGCGAACAGAUUGGUUGGAAACCUCAGUAUCCACCUCACCAUAUUCUCGAGGCCGCUGAUGAUGAGGUCGAGUUGGUCCUUUCUAGUCUUGGGCAUUAA